AUGGCUUCCACGGACAGCACAGCUGCUGCUUACAAUGAGGCGGUGGAGGAACUUCGUCAGCGGGAGUAUCCCAUGCUCGAAGACUCCGUCUAUCUAGACCACGCGGGCUCUACACUCCCUGCAAAGUCCCUGAUGGAUUCGUUCGCACGGGAAAUGACGUCCACUCUCUACGGCAAUCCUCACUCUGGCUCGUGGUCCUCACAGCUAUCCACACUACGAAUAGACGAUAUUCGACUGCGAUUGUUAAGUUUCUUUCAUGCUGACCCGUCUGAAUAUGACUUGGUGUUUGUCCCCAAUGCCACAGCAGGUGUCAAGCUCGUCGUGGAAGCCAUGAGGUCACUGCCGGAAGGCUACUCAUAUGCCUAUCAUCAAGCGUGCCAUACUAGCAUUGUAGGAGCGAGGGAGGACGCAAGACAGAGCGCGUGCGUUGACGACGUCGACAUGGCCUCGUGGCUCGGCGGCUCAGAUCCAUUUGCUUCUGCAGGUCCGUCCUCGGCAACCCUCUUUGCCUAUUCCGCCCAGUCUCACAUGGACGGACGACGAUAUCCCUUGUCAUGGCCGAGGGAGCUCAAGGAACAUUCAAACGGGAAAUCCGCUCCAUUAUUUGCCCUUCUCGACGCCGCGUCGUUUAGUGCCACAUCUCAGCUGGACCUCAGCUCUUCAGAUUUCGCCGCGGACUUUGUCGUCCUUAGCCUGUAUAAAAUAUUUGGCUUUCCCGAUCUAGGAGCACUUAUCGUUCGACGCCCGGCAGAGUACAUUUUUGACCGACGACACUAUUUUGGAGGUGGCACGGUUGAUUUGGUAACGUGCAAGAAGGAACAGUGGCACGCCAGAAAGACUCAAUUUCUUCACGAACGCCUGGAAGAUGGCACGCUACCCUUUCACAACAUCAUGGCCCUCGACUCAGCAAUGACGGUACACUCAAAAUUAUUCGGCUCCAUGGACAAAGUCAGUGCCCAUACGUCUUACCUGGCUCAGCGGCUGUUUGAUGGCCUAGACAGCUUGCGACAUGGCAACACGCUACCAGUGUGUGUCAUGUACACCCAGCGGCCAGAUGCUUCAACAACAUCGCUGGGAGUCGGCCCGGUGGUUUCAUUCAAUCUCAAGAAUAGCGCCGGUGGUUGGGUAAGCCUGGGAGAAGUGGACAAGCUGGCCAUUCUUCAAAAGAUUCAUAUCCGUACGGGAGGGCUGUGCAGCCCUGGAAAUGUUGCUGCCGCCUUGGCUCUGGAACCAUGGGAGAUGAAGAGAAACCUUUCCGCUGGGAUUCGAUGCGGCGCCGAUAGCGAAAUUAUGGGCGGGAAACCAACCGGCGUGAUUCGAGCGAGCGUCGGAGCCAUGAGCACGGAAUCCGAUGUCAACCGAUUUCUAGAGUUUAUACAGGAAUUCUUUGUCGAGGACUAUCCCACGCCUCCGCUAUCUCAACAACUUGAUGAGACAAGUCAUGCAGCAUCGACAUUUCGCGUCAAAUCCGUCACCGUCUUUCCGAUCAAAAGCUGCGGCGGCCAUGUCGUACCGCCAGGACUCCGAUGGGAUGUGAAGCCUGAAGGUUUGGCAUGGGAUCGUGAGUGGUGUCUAGUUCAUCCAGGUUCUGGCCAAGCGCUCAGCCAGAAACGCUACCCCAAGAUGACACUCUUACGCCCGGCAUUAGAUUUUGAAAAUGGCCUUUUGCGGGUGACAUAUCACGGUCCAGGCAGCGACGCAGACCACCCAUCGGAGAUCCAGAUCCCCUUGUCCGCAAAUCCGUCGCUAUUCGACCAAGAAUCCAAACGAAUGUCUUCCCGAGUCUGCGGAGAAGAAAUCUCCGCCCAGGUCUACAGUUCUCCCGACAUCAACAACUUCUUUUCCGACUCGCUUGGGGUUCCGUGUGUGCUGGCAAGGUUUCCCGCUGGCGGCCGUGGCCUCACCAGCCGCACUGCCAAGGCACGCAUUCAGAAACACCAACAUACCAGAUUACGUCCACUUCCCGGCUCGUUUCCUGAUAUCCCCUCGCCUCCAGACUCAGACUCCGAACAGCCCAGCGAAAGCAAGAUAUUACUCUCCAAUGAGAGCCCAAUUCUGCUCGUGAACAGCUGUAGCGUGGAUGCGCUAAACGACGACAUAACCAAUAGAGGCGGCGAGGUGGUACCAGAUGACUCUUUUCGAGCCAACAUUGUGAUUGAAUCGGAUGAAAAAGCAAAACACAACGCCUACUCUGAAGAUACGUGGAGCAAAAUUCGCAUUGGAAAUCAAGAGUUCAAGCUCCUUGGCGCAUGUCGACGAUGUCAAAUGGUCUGCGUUGACCAAGCAUCCGGCAACAGACGACAAGAGCCCUUUUCGACGCUGGCAAAGACGAGGAGGUUUGAUGGAAAGGUAUAUUUCGGGGCGCAUAUGACACAUGAGCCGAGACCGGGCGAUGCGAGCUUGGCGAGCCAGGCACCUACGAUUCAGGUCGGAGAGGCUGUUACGGUGCAAGGGUGGAUAUCAUGA